AGUUUCGUACCUCGCUGUCGACUGCACGUCGAUAGCUGCAAGCCACCAUCGUUUUCGUCGACAAAUCGAGGUGGUUGAUACGAUAUUUACAGGACUUUAAACGCGCAUACGGAUAAUUGUAAACGCGCAAACUCGUUUUCGAAAUGGCCACGAUCGCUCGCACUCUCCGCCCUUACCUGAGGUGCAUCCGCAGUCAAAGGAGAACCUACGCAGAUGCUGCCAGUGAUGAGAUGAAAUUUACUUUUGCUGGUGGCAAUCAGGUAUUUUAUGACAAAACUACAAUUCGCCAAGUCGACGUACCUUCCUUCUCGGGUUCUUUUGGCAUUUUAACAAAGCAUGUACCCACAUUGGCAGUGUUAAAGCCUGGAGUAGUUACGGUUUAUGAACAGGAUGGUUCAAACAAGAAAAUUUUUGUGUCAUCUGGUACCGUUACCAUAAAUGAGGACAAUAGUGUACAGAUUCUAGCAGAAGAAGCUCAUCCAGUAGAAGACCUUGAUAGUGGAGCGGCAAGAGAUAUUCUUACCAAAGCCCAACAACAACUCUCAUCAGCAACGUCGGACAUGGACAAAGCUGAAGCAGCUAUUGCAGUCGAAGUCGCAGAAGCUCUUGUACAAGCUUCACAAUAAAGCAUUAAAAGUAAUAUGAAAUUAUAUACUAAUGAUAAGAUAUAUAUAUAUAUAUAUAUCAUUCACCACGCUACCAGUCCUAGAAAGAGACAUGUGUUCAGUACACUUUUCUCAUAAUUGCUGUAACAAUAAAAUAAUAAUAAAACUAUAUUAAGUUACGUACUUGAUUAUAUAUUAGAAAUGGA